CCUUGUGCAGGAGCGACCUGCCUUUGACAAGAAGCAGUUUGUCACUCACAUGAAGCGCUGCAUCAAGAUCCUCGGUGCCAAGCUUGAAUGAGAGGAGCAAGCUCAAGGCCCCUGAGUUGUAUUGACGACUCUCAGCGAUGCAUGCAUGGUGGGAGGGAGGCCCGACCCCGUAAAAUCAGGGCAGCCAACGAGCGGCCAUAUCUUUAUUUUUAGCCCGUGAUUAAUGCCAUGCCAGCCAAUGAGGGAGGAGGAAUUAAUUAUUACUAUAUGUAAUUUGUGCUGCUGUAUCAGAGAGCGGUUAAUUAGGAUCAAUGGGCGCCGCCGCCGAAUAUUAAGGAGGAUUUUGGCCCCAUAUCUUUUUGAGUUUUGGAUGGAAACGUCUGACUGAUUGGCCCCUCGUGGAUGCGUAGGGAUAGCUUGCCUCUGUCGUCUCUACAUAAGCCUCGUUCCCCCAGCACACAACUCGUCACACAUUUUUAUCCCCGAGUCCCAAUCAAAGCUGAGUAGUAGUAGUACUAGUUGCAUGGCGUGCCCGUGCUUGCGCCUGAGUCGCCGGACUCCGGCGUGUCUCCGUUUGGCUGUUGUACCGGCGCCACCGGUCCGGCACGCCGCCAGCCGGACGCGACCGGGCGGCCGGCGCCCAUCGCCGUGGCGGCCGUCUCUCUCGCGGACCGGCCGGCCGCAAGAUGAGAUCCACACCCUGCCGUGCCGCCAACCAAGCUGCAAAAUCUGAGUGUGCCGUUCGACUAGUCCACGCACGGGACACACGCAACCAAAGCAAGCUUGCUCCGGCGACGCAGGCGAGGGUUCCAUCCGGCCAGGGACACACGCGCGCCCGCCCGCCCGCCUUCAAAACCCGUCUCCACCCUGCUCCGGCGCAUCCCGGCAGCCUUCAAAACCCGUCUCCACCCCGCUCCGGCGCGUCCCGCCCGCCUUCAAAACCCGUCUCCACCCCGCUCCGGCGCAUCCCAUCUCACCUCACCUCACCUCCUCACAGAAAGACAGACCUCCCUAUAAAAUCAUCGGUAGAACCCUAGCGCCCCCCACCCUCCUCUCUCCAUUCCGCCUCCGCCGCCACCCUCCAAAACCCCACCUCGCCCGCCACCAGAUCCCGCCGCCACCACCACCCACCAUGGCUACACCCACACCCUUCAAGUUCUUCGCGUCCGACGACCGUCAGGUGGGGCACCUGCUCGCCGCCGUCGAUGCGGCGGCGUCCCGGUGCACGGCGGCGGCGCAGCGCCUCGAGGCCGCGGCGACCAACGAGGCCAAGCUGAAGGGGAAGGGGGAGGCGGCCGAUGCCGACGCGGCGCGCGCCACCAAGCUCGCCGCCGAGCAGCUCGCCUCCGCCGCCGAGGAGGUCGCCGUCGCCAAGAAGACGCUCGCCGUCGUGACUCACGCGGUCGCCAAGGCCGCCCUGGCAGACGCAUCUUCAGCCACCAAUGCGCUCGUGGAUCUGCUCGAGAAGGACGGCCACACCCCCGCCCAAGUCGCCGCCGCCACUGCAACCGCAGCUAAGGUCCUUCUCGCCAUCGCCGACAAGCAGGCGCUGGCCUCUGCCGCUCGCGCCGAUGCGGUCUCCGCUGCCAACUUCGCCAAGGCUGCCACCUCCUUCGCAGCGUCCCCGACAGACUUCUACGUCUUUUCCUGGGAGUGCGUUGAGCCAUCCAACAUCAACCAGCAAGAAGGUCCAGCUCCUAGCAAGGAGAGAAGAGAUGGGAGAAACAGCUACUUGGAGGCGCUCAUUGGGGGCAGCGGUGGGGGAGGUCCGAGGGGGCAGAUCAUUGCAGUGGCAGCUCGCCUCGUCAACAGGGAAAUGGCCAAACAUGGCCAAGUUAUGUCGAUCAACAAUAUUGCAGAAAUCUUGAGGUCGCCGAUUGAUGUCGGGUCACCUCAACUCAAGGCCAUAUUGCCCCAUCUCGUUACCAUUGCUCCUCAGCUCCCCAUCCCCGAGCAGCUCCUUCCCGAGCUGCUUCUGCCCUCGCAGCUGCCAGCCAUACCUCAAGUCUUGCUUCCGCCGGCCUUCCAGGCAGCUUCCGAGGUCGCCAAGGAGGUCCAGCCGACGGUGAAACGGGGUGGGUGGAAGGACAUCAACGUGGGAAACGCAAUCGUGACUACUGCAAUCGGAUGGUGCGUCGGCAUGGGGCUGGAUGCGGCCUACGAGGAGGUCAAAGACUACCGCCCUGAUUUCUCCAAGCUGGGACAGUUCUCACUGGACGAGACCCCCGAGCCUCAGGCUAGUGGUAAGAACUUUGAGUAGACUUGCGUCUCAAGCAUGUGGGAAGUAAUAGAAACAGUAGACGUCUAUGAUCAUUUUGCUUUCUUCCGUACCUCCUGCGGGUGUGGUUCUUGAAGUCGGCAGAACUGCUAAUGGAGCUUUUGUGAUGUUGAUGCUAUUGCCUGAUGAAGCACUAGGCGUUUAUGAUCAUUUUGCUUUCUUCUGUGUCUCCUGACCUGCGGGUGUGGAUCUUAAAAUGGGCAGAACUGCUAAUUAAAGCUUCCGUGCUGUUGAUGUUGGCA